GAUUAUACUUUCUACAAUAACAUAGAUUAUAGAUGCAAAACUUAACUUGAAACACGUUUAUGAGGGGAUUUAUGUGUGAAGUAAAAUAAAAAUCAUAUAUACAUCUGCCUAAUUGUAUAAUAAUUGUAAUAGUUUAUGAUGGUAGAUGAAUCAACGAAGAAAACAUUAAGUAAUAUUCCAUUGUUACAAACAAAAGCAGGCCCUAGAGAUAAAGAAUUAUGGGUGCAGAGAUUGAAAGAAGAGUACCAAGCUUUAAUUCAAUAUGUAAAAAAUAAUAAAGAAUCUGAUAACGAUUGGUUUCGUCUGGAAUCAAAUAAGGAAGGUACAAGAUGGUUUGGAAAAUGUUGGUAUAUACAUAAUUUAUUAAAAUAUGAAUUUGAAAUUGAAUUUGAUAUACCUGUUACAUAUCCUAUAACAUCACCUGAAAUUGCUUUACCAGAACUAGAUGGUAAAACAGCAAAAAUGUAUAGAGGUGGAAAGAUUUGUUUAACAGAUCAUUUUAAACCUUUAUGGGCACGUAAUGUACCAAAAUUUGGUAUUGCACAUGCCAUGGCACUUGGUCUUGGACCAUGGUUAGCAGUUGAAAUUCCAGAUCUUAUAGAAAAAGGUGCUAUAACUCAUAAAGAUAAAAUUGAUGAACAUAAAUUAUAAAAAAAAGAAAAA